AUGGCCGUCGCCGCCGCCGCGCCCCGCCGCGUCUCGGUGUUCCCCUCGGCGCAGGAGCUGGGCCCGGCCCUGGCGCAGCUGGUGGCCGAGCGGGCGGCGGGGGCCGGCGGGCGCUUCUCGCUGGGCCUCUCGGGCGGGAGCCUGGUGGGGCUCCUCGCCCGGGAGCUGCCCCCCGCCGCCGCCGCCGCCGCAGGCCCCGCCGCGCCGGCCCGCUGGCUGGUGGCCUUCUGCGACGAGCGGCUGGUGCCGCCCGAGCACCCGGAGAGCACCGCCGGCGCCUACGAGGCCCAGCUGCUGCCGCGGCUGCCCGCCCCCGGGCCGCGGGUGCUGGCCCUCACCCCCGGGCUGCCCCCCGCCGCCGCCGCCGAUGACUACGCCGCGCAGCUCCGGCAGGCCUUCCCGGGCGAGGAGGUGCCCGCCUUCGACCUGCUGGUGCUGGGGGUCGGGCCGGACGGGCACACCUGCUCCCUCUUCCCCGGCCACCCGCUGCUCCAGGAGAAAGAGAAAAUAGUUGCUGCUAUUACCGACUCUCCGAAGCCGCCGCCGGAGCGAAUAACGUUAACCCUGCCCGUCCUGAAUGCUGCGCGGAUGGUUGUGUUCGUGGCUACGGGGGAAGGCAAAGCUGCCGUUCUAAAGCGCAUUUUGGAAGGCGACGAGGAAAACCCUCUUCCCGCCGCUCGCGUCCGGCCUCGCUCCGGGCAGCUGCGCUGGUUCCUGGACGAGCCGGCAGCCAAGGAGCUGACCAUCCCCGUCGAGAAACAUUCCGUCUUGUAGAGCCGACUGCCGGCCCGGCUCGGGGAACGGUAACCGCAGCACUGGCUGCUUGACAUUCCAGGUGAAGAACACCACCUUCGAUCGUAGUGCUGGGUUGUGGCACAACACACGCUUUUUUCCCCCUUUUUCCCCUCUUUCUGGAACAAACGGCGCUUUGCCGAGCGCCAGUUUCCGCAUAAUAAUUCCGUCGGUUCGGUGGGCGCCAGGUUGGAAUCGCGCACGGCGACGCGCGGUUCGUUUCGGUCGCUGUGACGCAAAAGGGGCGCGCGGUAUUAAACGGACGGAUUUCA